GAAACCUUUUUUUUUAACCAAUCACGUUCAGAGAACUCUGUCUUCAAUAUAUUCCUCCCCCUGUACCUCCCUCCCAGAGCUAACUCUCUAAUCAUAGUAAAUGCAUGCUCCAAACUUUUCCAAAGCCUAACAUUUAAAGAUCUGUCUUUACACGGUUGCUUCAUUACUCUCCUUUUUUUUUCCGGCGAAGAGAUGUCGAGUUCCGGCCAGAAAUCCAGCAGGGCAGCUGAGAGGUCCAGUUUCGUCAAUAUGUUGAGUCAGUACUUGAAGGAGAAGAGGAAUAUGGGAGAUCUUGCAGGCGGAAAUAUGGCUGCCAAAUUAGAAGCUAAAGGUUUGCCGGUGACGACGAUGAAUUUGUUGCGUGAUGUGGAAAAUUCUACUGAGAAUUCAAGACCGAAAGCCACUGCCUCGGCGUCUAAUGUCAAGCCUUCCGAUUUCUUCUCGAAUGUUUCCGGUGCCGGUAACUUCGGUUCGAUGGAAGAGGCUGCUAACAGGACUGAUUUCAGGAAGCCGGAAACGACAGAGAUGUUAAAAACUGCGCCGCUGACCAUAUUUUUCGCCGGACAGGUGCUCGUAUACAACGAUUUUCCUGCCGAAAAGGUGCAGGAGAUCAUGGCCUUGGCCGGCCAAGUAUGCUCCAGUAUCUCCACCGGUUUUGUUUCCGAUAUCGAAACAUCCGGCCAGAAACUGAAUCCUAAAAAUACCGAGACAAAUAUUCCUGACUUGAACAUUGCCUCCACCUCUGGAAGCAGUCCAGUAGCCGAACAACCAUCCGUUGACCGGACUCAAUCUAUCGGUUCAGAUUUACAGAUUGCAAAAAUAAAUUCGUUUCUGGGCCAAACGGCAAAAAAUUCGCUACACAGAUUCUUCGAGAAGAGGAAAGACAGGGCAACAGCAAGAGCACCAUACAACGUUCAGAACCGCCGCGGAUCUCCUCCUCCGAAACCAGAUGAAGGGAAUUCAUCGCAUCAAGAUGAAGGUCAAUCAUCAAAAGAAGGAUUAAAAGAUCUUGAUCUUAAGUUAUAGUAGCUAGAAAAAGAAAAAGAAAAAAAAAACAGAUUCUAACUAAUCUCUGGAGAGACCGUAGGAAGCCAGGUUCUCGCUAGUCCCCUGUGGCAUGGAUGACUUGUGAUUAAACGGGCUGGAAUUACAGCGAAAAAAACUAAUCUUGGUCUUCAUACAUGCGUCUAUUAUUAUUAUUUUUAUUUUGUGUAUAUUUAAUUUUGCUGUAAUUUAAGGGAGCUGUGAUUCUUUCAAGCAUGUUUGAGUAAAUUUGAAAGAGCUUAAAUUCUCAUUCAGAAUUCGUCUUGUAUUUUCAUUUGGAUAGAAGUUAGUUGAUUUCU